AUGGCCACAACCUCACCAUCAUCGGCCAUCACCAAAUCAAAUGCAUCGUCACCCAAUUCAUCGGGUAUAGAUGUUCAAAAGUGCGGUAUACACCCAGAAGAGUCGUUAAAAUGGUUCUGCACUCAAUGCAACGUGUUUGUGUGCGGUGACUGUAUCGUAGAGACACACAAUGGACACAAGAUACAGAGGCUUAAAGAUUUAGAGAUCGGUAUGCGAAACAAGUACGAUCUCUCGGGCAACAGAGUAGUCUAUCUUUGGGACGUGCUGAAAGCUACCCUUCCUCAUAUAAAGUCAUAUGAAAUAACAGAGAAUGAUAUCAAAGCAUUCUUUGCAGAGCUGCACAAUUCACUCAGCAAUGAAGAAGCAAAGUAUCUAAAAGUUGUUAAAAAGGAAAAGAUAUCUUAUAUCAAGAUGGUUGAAAAUUGCAAGACAGAGAUGGAGAUGAUCAUUGAUUUUAGAGCAAUCUUUGAAUCAAUUGGUCUACCCACUACUACUACUCCUGUCGACAAUCAAUCAAAAGCAAUAACUGCUGCUGCUCCAUCACAUGAUGAUAGUAUUCCAGCUGAUGCUGCUACUCCUCCACCAUCGCCAUCAUCACCACCAUCAACCUUUGCCAUUCCCAAACCUGAAAGCCUUCAGAUAGUACCAGUAUCGAUCACGCCCAAAACCAUUGUCCGUCCAGAAACCUACUACAAGUAUUUUGGAAGUAAAGAACCAACAUUUGAUACAGUGUCAAAGAUCUAUGCCUCUGAAAAGCACGGUGCUGCCCCUAUGCCUGCCAACUCUAGUUUCUCGACACAGUACAUAUCAGGUGCUCAAUUUCAUACAAUCAACCCCCACGUGAUUAAAAUGACCACCGAGGAUUUCAUCGAUGAAGUAAAUAGAGAAUCAUCAAUCAACAAAUUCAUUUCAAACAAUCUUAAUAAUGAUAUUGCAUACUCCUCAUUUGAAUACACUCAUCUUGGUCAUCUGAUGGAUCAGUGGAAUCAAUUAAAUGUUCAAAAUGAUAUAUUUUUGGUCUCAAAACAAAAUGAUCAUUUAAUUUCACAAUCUCCUACUCCUCCUCUCUCAACCAUCAAUAAUAAUAAUAAUACAGAAAGUGUAAUAGUUACAACAACAACAACAACACCAGCACCACCACCAAAACCAACCAAAUAUGAAUUUAUGGUAAAUGAUACAGUUGUUAGUAAAUCAAUGAAUUAUCUUAGACAGGCAUGUGAACUCGUUGUAAAUGAUUUGUCGGUUGGUAAUGAAAGUACAGAGAAAUAUAUCAAAGAGAAUACAAUUAGAUAUAUCUAUUGUCUGUGUGGAAUGGAGAGUACACAACAUUUAUCAUUGGUAGAAGUUUAUGAUAUUCAACAAAACAGAUGGGGGUUUGCAGAAGGUUCAAGAAUGAAACGUGCAUGCUCAUCAUCAUCUGUUGUAUCAAUCCUCGAUUAUGUAUACAUUUUUGGUGGUAAUGACUCCUUGUCAACCUAUGAAAGAAUGGAUCUUUAUUCUGGUAAAUGGGAUUGUUUGGAUAAUAUUCAAACCACUGGUGGUUCAUCAAUGGCAGCCGUUUGGGAUGAAGGUCGUUAUAUAUACCUAGUUGGUGGUAUCCAAAAUAAUAAUACAUUGGGUCGUGUCGAUAGAUUUGAUAUUAUGACUGGUAGAUGUUCAAAUAUCGGUCAACUCAAACGUCCUCGUUAUUAUUGUUUUGCUUGUUAUCUAGAUGGUAUCAUUUAUGUAAUUGGAGGUACCCAUAAAGAGCCCGAAAAAGCAUAUACAAUGGUCAAUGACAUUGAAGCAUUUAGUAUUUCAGACGGUUCAUCAAAACAAAUCUAUCAAUUUAGCAAUAGCUCUUCACGUGUUGAAGGGUUUUGUUUUGAUAAAAGAGAAUACAUUUACUUUCUUACAAGUACAGAGUUUUGUAGAUUCUCUGUAUUUACAAGAAAAGCAGAAUCACUUGCAGAGGUACCAGUCCGUGAUGGUAAAUUUGGUCUGUCCCUUGUAUUUGGAUUUGUCAAUAAUCUUCCUAAAAUCUAUCUCAUUGGUGGCAAACAUCCGACCAAUUUUAUAUAUGACAUUAAUAGUAACUCUUGGGACGCGACAUUUCCAUCGAAAUCAAAGUACACUUAUUUUCAUGGUGCUGUUGGAGUUGGAGAAAUUAUCCCAAAAGCAUCAGAUACCUACCAAAUGCAAUUACAACAACAAAAAGCUCAACAAAAUACUCAACCAGCCCCUGUUAACAAUUAG